GCUUUGUGGGGGAACUCGAUCUUCUGGAUUGCUGCGAUGGCUCUGCUGUGACGGCCCAGCGAGAAAAUUACAUUAUCCAAGAAGUAUCUUCUGGCAUCGGUUUCCGCACAAAGGCUUGAGCCAUGCCGUCGAGCAACCACCCCUCUGGUCGCGGCGAGGCGUGGAAGGCACCACCACCAGGUGACGCGCAGAACGUGGCGCAGCUGCUGCGACGCCGCCGGGAAGGGAAGAUUCCGGCGUCGACGGGUGGCGGGGUCUUGGGAGGCAGCACCAGCGCCAGGGCGACGAGCGCCGCCCUUCGCGGCAUCAGGGGUGUCGGAGGCAGAGUGGGGGCGGGAGGAGUCUCUAUGCCGAGAGCUUUUGGCUUUCGUCGGAAUCUGGGGCAGCACCCGUCGAUGAUCCAAAGGCUGAGGCACACCGCUACGCUGCGUGGCCACUCCGGGUGCGUCAACCGGCUGUGCUGGAACGACGCGGGCACGCGGAUCGCCUCGGGCUCCGACGACACGACUGUCUGCCUCUUCGACGCGGCUUCGGGCAAGCGGGACGUUCAGUUUCAGACCGGCCACCGGAGGAAUAUCUUGAGCGUGAAGUUUCUUCCUUGCACAAACGACCAGAUAUUGGUUACCGGAGCGAUGGAUGGGGAGGUCCGUCUUCACAAGGCGCCGUUCUCUUCACCCGAGCUGACCGAGUGCUUCUCAUGCCACGACCAACGCGUCCACGCUGUCGAGGUGGAGCCGGGCAACCCGUUCAUCUUCUGGUCCGCCAGCGAAGACGGGACUGUCAUGCAAUACGACCGCCGUCUGCCGAACGCUGGCCUCGGGGAGGGGAGGGGGUGGGCGGACAGCGGGCAAGGCUCCCUCGCGGGGCGACUCCGACGCAGAAGAAACUGGGGCAACUGUCUCAUCAAGCUACCGUCGCAGGCUGACUACGCCGCCGGCGGUGGCGACAGCGGCCAAGGCGGGGGUGUUUCGCAACAGCAGCCACCAUCAGGAUGGGAGGCCCGCGGCAGCCGAGCGUUUCACCUCGCCUGCAACCCCGUCGACGUCCACUACCUCGCCGUGGCCUGCGGUGACUACGUCGCCAGGGUGUACGACAGGAGGGGGGGCAGUGCCCGCGGAGGAAGCGUGGGGACGUUCGGCACCGCGCGCCACGCCACGUGCGUGGCGUUCAGCCCCGAUGGGCGGGGGCUGCUGGUGUCGUACCACCGUGACCACGUCUACCUCUUCGACGCCACGGGGGCAAGACGGAAUAGCUCGGCGGUCAGCGACCCCGCCCUCUCCUCCUACUUCAUGCCCGCUCUCCCUCCACCUCUACCGCCGCCACCGACGACGCCGGAGUGCUCGUCGAACGCCGGUAGCGGCGUUGGUGGUAGGGGGGGUGCCGGAGAUGAGGGGGGAGUCGCCCGUGGUCGGGGCUUUGAAGAGCCCGCUGAUGGAAUUCUGGAUGCCCACCGUGCUCUCUUGGCGUGGGAUGGCAAAGGAGGGCCACCGGUGUCCCUGGGAAAGCUGAGCACUCUCUACCGGGCGCGUUCGAUGAACCUGCGGCAGCGUGGGUGGAAAGGCGACGGUUACAUGGCUCUGCUCGACUCAGCUCGUGCCAAGGAGCUUGACCCUACCAAGCCGAGAACGCGCUGGGAGUACGUAAAGGCCCUGGUUCACGUCGGGCGCCGCGCCUCGGCGCGAGCGGAGGCGGUCAAGUGCCUCGUCGCCUUCCCCGAUCUCCAACCGCUGUACGAGGCCGAGUUCUCGGGCGGGACCGAGGGGGAAUCGCCACCGCGGUCGGACUUGGGCGGCAGAAAUGUUGGGGGACGGAGUGCCAGUGGCGGCGGCGGCGGCGGCGGCGGGCGAGGGGCCGGUGAUUCUGGUGGACCGGUUGAGGAUGAGGAGGAAGAGGAGGAGGAGGGGGAGGAGGAGGAGGAGGAGGAGGAGGAGGAGGAAGGAGAGGAAGAGAGAGGGCGGGAGAGGAACCAGUCCAUGACGCCGCCGAGAGGGGCCGGAAAAACAGCGCGCUCUUCUUGCGGAAGCGCCCUCGCCAAUGACCUCGCCCUCACCGCGGAGCUUGCAACGGCCCGCGCGUGGCAUGAGAUGCUGUCUCGAACUGGGGACGUCGGGAGUGAUCCCCGUUGCCCCGAUAGGGCUACCGACUCCGCGGGGAGAGAGAAGGGUGCGGCUUCGGCGAAGGGGCCCGCGGCCGAGAAAGAUUGGACCGAAAGCGAAUGUGGCCAGGGAUCGUCGGACAUGCUCAGCUGCUCGCCACGGGCAAUGAUCCAGCGGUACACCGGCGCUUGCAACGUCCAGACUGUCAUCAAGGAGGCGUCUUUCCUCGGGGAUGGCGGGGGCUACGUGACUUCGGGCAGCGACGACGGGAGAGUGUUUAUCUGGGAGCGCUCCUCCGGGAGGCUGGUUCGGGCGAUUAAGGCCGACGACCAAAUCGUCAACUGCGUUGCGCCGCACCCUUCCCUGCCGGUGCUCGCCACCAGCGGCCUCGAAAGCGUGGCCAGGAUUUGGAGUCCUCGCGGAGAGGAAGAGGAAGUUAUCGGGGACGACGAGGCCGCCGACUCAGACCCAGACUCUCGCUCCCUGGAAGACAUCGCCCAGAGCAACCAGGGCAACAUGGAUUCUGUGGGAGUGAACUUAGGGUUCCAGCCUUUGAUGCACCAGCUCGUUCUCCAGCUUGCCGCGACGGAGAAUAUGGGUGACGACAGAGGGCCCGGGGAGUGCGUCCAGGCAUAACGACUCGUGCCGCCGCCUGCGACACGCGACGGAGCUGUGCAUGCUUCUUCACGCCCUGCACGGCUGUCAUUCCAAUUCUGGACUGUUGGCUGGGCACGAUUAGCAAGGUCUUUUUGGUGAUUGUUUUCGGUAU